AUGGUGAUACUCAAUAUGGGGUGCCCUCCAGGACUCCGUAGUCUGUCGUUAUUUUUCCUGAGCGGCGCGGCUUCCGCCUCCGUACUCCAACAACGAGAUCCCGUUCCUGCCGGCUAUGUUGCCGCCCCUUACUACCCAACUCCUUAUGGGGGUUGGGCCGACGACUGGUCCGCAAGCUAUGAAAGUGCAAUCAAGUUGGUUUCGCAGAUGACACUGGCCGAGAAAGUAAACAUAACUGCUGGCACUGGUAUUUAUAUGCUUCAAGGACGUUGCGUUGGAAACACCGGUAGCGUACCACGACUAGGGCUUCCGUCACUAUGCCUACAAGAUGGUCCCCUCGGUGUCCGAACGACAGACAACAUCACCGCCUUUCCCGCGGGGAUAAGCACCGGAGCGACAUUCAACAAGGACCUCAUGUACGAAAGGGGUGUUGCCAUCGGCGAGGAGUUCAAGGGCAAGGGCGCCAACUUCUACCUAGGACCUUCCGUUGGUGCUCUGGGAAGAAAACCGAGAGGUGGACGAAAUUGGGAAGGUUUCGGGUCGGACCCGGUGCUUCAAGCAAUUGCCGGCGCGGAAACGAUUAAAGGCGUACAGGAGCAGGGAGUCAUCGCUACGCUCAAGCACUUGAUCGGAAACGAGCAGGAGCUUUACCGCAUGUAUAACCCACUGCAGCAGGCAUACAGCGCAAACAUUGACGACCGAACUCUGCACGAGAUCUACCUUUGGCCAUUCGCACAAGGCGUUAAAACGGGCGUAGGCUCAAUAAUGGCGUCUUACAAUGCGAUCAAUGGAUCCGCUGCUUCUCAAAACGCAUAUAUCAUCAACGGUCUCCUAAAGGACGAGCUAGGUUUCCAAGGCCUCGUGAUGACCGACUGGCUUGCGCAAAUCUCGGGCGUUGGUUCUGCGCUCGCCGGUCUCGACAUGUCUAUGCCAGGAGACACAAUCGGCAACAGCGUCCCUUUGUUUGGCUACUCUAACUGGAUGUACGAGCUCACACGAUCGGUACUCAACGGCUCCGUGCCCGUUGACCGGAUAAACGACAUGGCCACGCGCGUUGUCGCUACAUGGUAUCAACUCGGCCAGGACAAGGACUACCCGCCGCCGAACUUUUCAUCGAACACGGCAGAUCCCGAAGGCCCGUUGUAUCCCGGUGCUCUGAUCUCCCCGAGGGGCGUCGUAAACGAGUACGUCAACGUCCAGGGAGACCACAAAAUAAUAGCGAAACAAGUAGCCCAAGAGGCCGUCACGCUCCUGAAGAACAACGGAAGCUUCCUCCCGCUAUCGACGAAAGCACCGCUAUUUGUUUUUGGAACAGACGCACAAGCCGAUCCGCAGGGCAUCAACUCUUGCACGGACAAGACCUGCAACCGAGGUCUUCUGGGCAUGGGAUGGGGUUCGGGAUCCGCAAACUACCCUUACCUCGACGACCCAAUCAGCUCCCUGAAGCGGAAAGCAGCCAAUGUGACUUAUUACGCGACGGAUAGCUUCCCCAGUGUCGCCGCGCCAAGCAGCAACGACGUAGCCAUCGUCUUCAUAUCCUCCGACUCGGGCGAGAACAGCUACACCGUCGAGAACAACCACGGCGAUAGAGACGCCGACGGUCUCAAGGCAUGGCACAACGGCGACACCCUGGUCCAGAAAGCCGCGGAGAAAUACAGCAACGUCGUCGUAGUCGUCCACACCGUCGGCCCCAUCAUCAUGGAGCCCUGGAUCAACCUGCCGUCCGUCAAAGCCGUGCUCGUCGCCCACCUGCCCGGCCAAGAAGCCGGCGACUCGCUGACGGAGCUCAUCUUCGGCGAAGCGUCGCCCAGCGGCCACCUGCCCUACAGCAUUCCCGUCUCCGAGGACGACUACCCGGACAGCGUCAGCCUCGUCGCCACCCCGCUGAGCCAGACGCAGGACACGUACUCCGAGGGCCUGUACAUCGACUACCGGCACCUGAACAAAGCGAACAUCAAGCCGCGCUUCGCCUUCGGCCACGGGCUCAGCUACGCCUCCUUCCACUUCUCCAACGCGACCCUCACCCGCGUCACCCCCCUCUCCGAGGUCCCGCCCCCGCGCCCCUCCAAGCCCGCCUCCCCCGUCGCCGGCCUCAACACCACGCUCCCCGCCGCCGCCGAGGCGUACUUCCCCGACGGCUUCGACCGCAUCUGGCGGUACCUGUACUCGUGGCUGCCGUCGGGCGAGGCCGACGCCGCGCACGAGAUCGGCGCUGCGGGCUCGAAGACGUACCCGUACCCGGCCGGCUACUCCGCCACGCAGAAGCCCGCCUCCGCGCAGCCCCCCGCCGGCGGCGCGAGCGGCGGGAACCCCGCGCUCUGGGACACGGCGUACGCGCUCACCCUCACGGUGACGAACACGGCCGCCAGCGGCACGACGCCCGGGAAGGCCGUGGCGCAGGCGUACGUGCAGUUCCCCGCGAGCAGCAGCAGCGCCUUCGACACGCCCGUGAUCCAGCUGCGGGACUUCGCGAAGACGGGCGCCGCGCUGGCGCCCGGGCAGAGCGCGCAGCUGAGCUUGAGCUUCACCCGCCGCGACCUGAGCGUCUGGGACACGGUGCGCCAGAACUGGGUCGUGCCGGAGCCGGCGGGGCGGUAUAGCCUGUGGGUGGGGGGCGCGAGCGAUGAUUUGCCGGUUGUGUGCUAUUCGGAUACGUUGGUGUGCGAGGUGGAUGUUACGGGGCCUGUGUAGAGGGGUGUAGUGUAUGUGCGUGCUGAUGUGGAUGUGGAUGUGUAGGUGGGGGGUGAGAGUGGCUGUGGGUUUGGAUAUCAUUGAUGAGACAAAUGAAUGGCUGGAAGGAAGCUUUGGUCUCAUGUCCAUAUGUUGAGGUAUAGAUAGGUGAUGGGUAAGUAUAUACUGUAUCUAGGUAGUAGAAGUUCAAAUAUCUUUUGCUUCUUCAAAUAAGCCGAUUCCUGGAUGUGCAAUGUUAUCAAUAUUCUAGGUGGUAAGAUGAAGCCACAUCGGCUCCUAUGCUAUAGAUAGUAGUUAAAGACCUACCUUUUGGAUACGCAGGGGAGAUAACUUAACAUCCUAUCUCCAAUACUAGGUGUAUAUUUCAAAUAUGCAGUA